AUGACGCUUACAGGGUUGCCCGUUGAGCUCGUGCAUCAUGUCGCGUGGUACUGUGCACCGCACGACGUGCUUGCGUUGACCCAGACCUGUCGAUCGCUUCGGAACACAUACGACGAAAGUUUGUUCCGGCAGGCAUUCGAAUGCAAUAUUCCCCCAGUCUCGUCUCGAUCAAUUGCGAACAAGAAAGCCUUGGUGGCCUGUAUCACCGACCAAUUGAAAAGAAUUGCUCAGCGGCCUCGGCAGGACCAGGCUGAAUAUCACAGAGCAUGGUGGAAGCAUCUCGCCGUGGUCGCGUUCCACUUGAGCCUCCUCAGGGGUGAAAUGCUCGGACAAGUUUCAACAGUGACCUCAGAGAUGAGCGCAGAUAGCCUUGCCGGCACCGCCGAACUUUCAGAGAAGAUUAAACUUCUGAAAAGGACCAUGGGGCUUCUGGCUACGUCAGUGGUCUGGGGAUGUCUAUCGGUUUGCGACAAGGAUGUCAUGCGUGCCCUUGAUGAGCUCUGCGCCUGCACAUACUCUGAUAAAUCGGAGAAUGAAAUGGUUGAACAUCUAUUGAGCUCUUCACUUGGGUUGGAAACUUCAUUCUGCUCGGCCAUUUGUGCCAUACAAAAUUCCAGGGGACCAGAGCCCGAUCCCGAAGGCGAUGUGGAUGAGAACAGUGACUAUGAACAGGACCAAGUUCGCAUUGGUUUCACUAGGACUGCUGUGAGGCGCUACCUGGACACGUUUUUCGACAACAAUACCCACGGAAGUGUUCUUCCAACCAUGGCACUGCUGUUGUGCGCUGUAACUGCACGCAACUGUUUGCGGAAGAAGCCGAAGGUAGAGGAUGCACCGCCGCUCUCGGAGAAUAUCCCAUUCUUCUCCCGCGCGAGCAGCCAGGCAUUGCCCGACGAUCCAGCUACUGUGGCAACUAGCGGCCCAGUAGAAAGCAUGCCCUUGCCCAUGGUCACCACGGUAUUCAAGGACGAGCAGGGCCCCUCUUACUCUCUACCAGCUACCUGUUGCUGGGAGCUUUGGUACAAGGCACGUAUUAGAGCUCUGAUCGAUGAUAUAGACUCAUGCGAAUGGGAAGGAUCGUAUACAUAUGGGUUAAAGAGCCGGUCUCGUGUGGACCCGUUGAUGAGGCAAAUUCGGUUCCAGAAAUUGUCCGAAUCAGACCAUCGAAUCGAAAUAGUAGCAUCGGGAUGCAAAGAUGGGGUUGGGAAUUUCAGGUUGGAAGGGUCCGUGGAUCUGGAGACCUGUGGUGUCGUGAUCCAGAAGAGAUACGCUGGCCGCCAUGGUUUCCAAUGGAGAGGCGCAGUAACCCCACUGGGAAUCUCAGGGUGUUAUUUAUCAAACUGGGACGAGAAUCUUCCGUUGGGAGCAUUUUGGCUGUGGAGACGUGAUUGGAAAAGUGGCAUUUGA